CGGCGCGGGCGUUUCGGAGUUCAGUUCCGUCCGGUCAUCGGCGCGCGGUCCGUCUGCUCUUGAUCGAAAAGUUUCGCCCGGCACCGAGUCAAGUGUACGCGCGAUCUCAGUGAUUCCUGUCCGCACUCGUUUGCCGAUUAACGGUGCCCGUCUGCUUCCCGGUGCACGGCUGCUGACGACCGCCAUCGGUUUCCAGAUGCCAACCAGGUGCCGGUGACCGUCUCGUCGUCCGACCAUGAACCCGGUAACGCGGUCGUCCGGACCGUUGCUGUUGCACGGACUCGUGACGGUGCUGCUGGCGUGCGGCGUCCGAAGCUGGCCGUGGCCUUCGUUAGGCGGCCGUUCCGCGGCCGUCGGAAGAGUGUUGAACUUCUUCCCGGUGCCGGUGACCGAAGAAUGCUUGUCCGACGACUCUCGGAGAACAGGUCUGUGCCUGAACGCGUACGAGUGCAGGAUCCAGAACGGCGAGUCCCACGGCGCCUGCGCGCUGGGUUUCGGAGUCUGCUGCGUAUUCACGUCGUCGUGCAACGCUGAGGUGUCCAACAACGUCACGUACUUCGUCAACCCCAACUUCCCGGGACUCUUGAACGACGUGGGCGAGUGCUCGUUGAGCGUCAAGAAGAUAUCCAAAGACAUCAGUCAGAUACGUUUGGACUUUGUCAACUUCAAUCUGGCGCAGCCCAACAGGAAGACGGGCGUGUGCGAGACGGACACGUUCGUCGUCACCGGUGGCACGUCCAACGACGUGAGGAUCUGCGGCCUCAACAGCGGCCAGCACGUUUACUACGACGUGGACGACGCUAAAGACGCCGUGACGAUCAACAUCAGAUUAACCAAAGCCAACUACAACCGAAUGUGGGAGAUCAAGAUCACUCAGAUAGAGUUUGCCCAACGAGCGCCAGCCGGGUGCCUUCAGUACUUCCAAAGCGCGACGGGCACCGUGCAGACGAUGAACUUCGCGAUAAACGGCCGGCAUUUGGCCGACCAGGACUACGUGAUUUGCAUACGACAAGAACAGAGUAUGUGUUCGAUCGUGUACGAGCCGUGCGACGAGAAUUCGUUCAAAAUCGGUCCGCCCAUAUUGUCCGACGACGCGGUCGAAGGGUCGGGGGACGACGGUACCGACGGCGGAAGUCAACUGGUGUCCAUGGACACAUUCCGGGAGUGCACCGACCGCGUCAUGAUGCCCUGCGAUUUCGAAGAGUUCAUAACGCCCCAAGGAGGACCUGGUGUUUGCGAUCUACUGCACUGCGGCAACAAUUUCUGCACGGACAAGGAAACGCCGUGCCGGAUUGAAAGCAGUACCACGCCGUUCGUGAUGCGUGUGCAGUUUGGGCCGGGCAACAGGGAAGAAAACCCCGAGGACAACCUGGGCAUGUGCAUCAGAUACGAACAGCAGCAGUGCUCGACCUGACCGACGAAAACCAACGGAUACCUCGUCUCGUCUUGUGUCUAACGCAAUUAAAACUUUGUAUUUUUUUUUUUUUUUUUUCAUUCAUACGUCCUCUCGGCGCAACUACCAAAAUACCGUAGAUCUAAUAUUUACAUACUUCUGAUCCGCGCGUAGACGAACAAUCGUAGCUACGUUUUAAAUCAUUUAAAAUUUAUUCAAAACACUUACCUGGACCGUAAGCUGACCGGCUUACGUGCACUUACCUGCGCUGCCGUCCGGUAGAACGGUCUCUGGAGGGUACGCGGCGAAAUGUUUACGAGCGAUGUGCGAGCGACGUCCGCUUUUUUUUCCCUUAUUUUUUUAAUAAUGCAACCCCUCGGUAACCGUAAAACAGUCGACCGUUGUUACCACGUAACAGGUUUGGUGUUGCUCGUGCAAACGGUGUACCGUAAACGUUCGACGAUCGAAUUUUCACGGACGGACGACGUUGUUCUUUUGUUCGCGAUCGAAAACGCGUGUGUCGAACAACAACACCGUCCGUCGUACGUCCGUCGACGCUCGUCGAAUCGUUUGCCGGCGUCAUCGCAUUUUCGCCCAGAUCAUUGGCGCAACUAGGUCUAAAACAUUGGGGGGGGGGAUGAAGUCCUAUAAAUAAAUUUAGUCAAUGUGAGCUAUGGGGAGCAAAGCCCCCUAUACCCCCCAUUGCCGCAGACACGGAACAACAAUUAUUAAUUGAAAUAAAAACAAUUAUAAAAUAUUAUUACCAUACUAUAUUAUUAAAAAUCAUGUACCUUCUUCUAUGUAGUAUGUUUUACAUAAAAUAUAACAUAACACUACCGUAGUAUUCCACCGUCGUCUGUCACAUUUAUUAGAAAACAAUAUUAUUAUUAACUAUGUAGGAUUGUAGGAAUUACAAAAUUAACUAUAAUAAUAAUAUUUUAUAUUUAUACAAUUUACUUUUGAAUAAUUUUUUGCGUCAUAUACUCAUAUUAUUUAGUAUGUAUCUCACUAUCCCGUGCUUAAAUUAUCAUUGAAUUUUAAAUAAUCAAAAAAUUUGAGGGAGCUAUAAUACAUUUGGGGGGCUAAGCCCCCCCCCCUAUUUGCGCCAAUGGCCCAGAUCCAGAGUAUAUUUUAUGUAAUUUUCAUUGCAUGGCGCUUUAAUUAAAUUGUCUACUAGAGAAACAUACAAGGAAAAUAACAACUCCUGUCAUUACGGCCGUUAUGAGAACGUGUUGGUUAGUGGUGGCACUAUAACCCACCACCGGGUAGCAUUCAAUCACCACUGGGGUGAAACUAGUGCCACGUGAUUUGUAUGUUAAAAUAUGCUCUGCCCAGAUCUCACGUAAUCUUGUGCUUACAGCUGUACACGUGUCGGACGUCGCUCUGCGCUCGGGACUCGGAUCAGAACGUCGGCUACUCGAAAACAUAUGUAGAUUAACCUGUUUAAUAUAUAUUUAUUUUUUUUUUUUUUGUUCAUUAGAUCGUAAUAAAAUAUAAUUUAAUACAAUGCUGUUUUUAUGUUCCCCCCCCCCCCGACCACUGAAGUCUAACCUAACCUCUCUCCGCCACUCCUCCACACUUAACUUACCAAGCACUCUGUUACGAUUACACUAAUGCGCUUUUUUUUUUUUUCUGCGCACCCUGUACAACGUUGUCACUGGUUUACGGUCGAAAUGUUUGAUUUUUUCUUUGUUUUCGUUACGCCGUCGGCUAAAAAUUCACAAUACGGUUUGACCGGUCGCCGUUGUACGGCCGGUACGACCUAUCGGACGGCCGUUUAAAACGUAGCAUUUCGUUCGUAUGGUGAACGCGGUUUGUUUGUUUGUUUUUUUUUUUUUUUCAACCAGAAUAAUAUUGUCGAUAGCAAUCAAUACAGGAGGCCCGAACAAACGCGCACGCUGUACGACCGUGCGCUGUUUUCGCGUUUUCACCGCGUAAACACGCAAUGCUUGAAACGUAUAACGUACACGAACGCCCGGCGUUACGCGUACCGUACAGGUGCGGUCGUUCUCUGUUUUUCCUGUACACAUUUUCGCGCACGCAUUCUGCGGUCUUCGAAUUUCGGGUUUUGGGAAUUUGGAGUGCGGUUCAAAUGCGGGUGGUUAAUAAAUUAUACACGGUCACAGUUUGAACGACAAUGAUGUAAUAAAACUUAAUAAAGAAAUAACAUAAAAACAACUUUAAAAUCACAACCAGGGAACGUAAAAACGAAUGUCAAAAUACAAUAAAAUAUAACCGUACCUAUUAUUAUAACGUAUACAAUUAACGUAAAAAAAAAAAAAAAA